AGCUUUGCCCUCCCCGCUCACUCGGCUCUUCGGCGCCAUGUACAGAACCACACAGUAUCCCACUGAACCCAGUAGUAUCCCCGUGCAAAGGUAGUACAGGACAGGUGCACAGUGAUACAACAACAACAACAAGCUUGAAAUAGUGGUCAAACCGAGAAGACUUGCACAGUGGAACAAGUGUAGUGGCUUCCACAUUGUUUGAAACUCCCCUGGCCUACAGUACUGACCUUGGCGUGACUCCUAGAGGGCAGCUGGCGUAAACAUUAGAGUUUGAUACAGGCCAAGGUACACGAUGGCAAGUGGAUUACACUUCCUCUGUUAUUUGUGAAUUAACCAACCAUUGGUAUUCUUUCCAAGUUGACGGAGCUAUGUGAGAGGGAGGCGGCAAUAGGCCGUGUAUGUUUGAAAGCCCUUGUCUAGGACGGGAUCCCCUUUUUGCACUGAAUCAUGAAUUAUAAAAAUGGCUUUCACAUUUACAUAAUCUAUACAUGGUGAUGUAAACAUUUAAACAACUUAUAUAUGUCACGAGUACAAAAUUCCUGCUAUUUACCGGUAAGGAAUCAUGUCACUUUCACUGUAACAUUGCACGUUAUGCCCUCUUCGUAUGACGAAUGGUGCCACCUGCCCAAAACUACAUGUAACAUGUAAAUCCUAAUAUGGAAAACAUUGAGGUUAUAGGAUUUUGAUCAUUAGGUGUCAACGUGCAUAAUUUUCUUUUAGAUAUGCAUUCUAGAUAUCACAGAAAUCCGCGUUCCUUUGUUCAGUUGUCCUCUUUGAAAGAUUUCAGAAGCUUGAAUUGGUAGAAAAGGCAACCAGGCUUGCAGUGCAAAACGCGAAUAAAAUUCAACAUUUUAAACUUAACUAAUACAAGACGGAAUAUAUCCAUAUGUCAUCCAACCUAUCAUGAUUGUCACUAUUCAUGACUCUUUUAAAGUCAUACGUGUUACGGGGCAGGUCAAUGUUCAACAUUCGUAUUCAGCACGAGAGAGAGCUGUAACAAUGUUGAAGCCACUACACCUGUUCUACUGUGCGAGCCUGCUCGGUUUGACCACCAUUUCAGGCUUGUUGUUGUUGUUGUAUCACUGUGCACCUGUCCUGUACUACCUGUGCACGGGGAUACUACUGGGUUCAGUGGGAUACUGUGUGGUUCUGUACAUGGCGCCGAAGAGCCGAGUGAGCGGGGAGGGCAAAGCUGUCUUCAUUACAGGUUGUGACAGCGGUUUCGGAUUUGGACUGGCCAAACGUCUUGACUCGCUGGGUUUCACGGUGUUUGCCGGCUGUCUGCUGGCAGACAGUGGUGGGGAGGGGUCGAAGAAACUCCGGGCGGAGUGCUCGAGCAGGCUGAGUACUGUUCAGAUUGACGUCACUGAUGAUGGACAGGUGCAGGCCGCUGUCAGACAGGUCAAAGAUCGACUGCCGACGGGGUCGAAGGGUCUUUACGCAUUGGUGAACAAUGCUGGAGUCUGGCAGCCGGGAGAGAUAGAGUGGGUCAGCAUGGCCGCCUACCGACGUGUGAUGGAAGUGAACACCUUCGGUACCGUGCGAGUCACUAAGGCGUUCUUGCCUCUAGUUCGUCGGGCGAAAGGACGUGUCGUGAACAUCUCCAGUGUGGGUGGGCUUUGCGCAGGCCCGUUGGCUGCUGGCUACUCUAUGACAAAGGCCGCCAUGGAAUUUUUCUCGGACGCUUUAAGACAUGAGAUGCACAAGUGGGGAGUUAAAGUCGUCAUAGUGGAGCCGUCCAGCUUUGCACGGGCUACAGAUAUCGUCUUGCCUGCCGUCUACAAGAAGUUCGCUGAGGAUUUGCGGAACAACGUGGAAGAUGUUGUGAAGGAGGAUUAUGGCAUGGAGUACUUCGACUUCAAGAUGGAACAGUUGAGGCUAUAUGCCCACGGCGAAGGUCAUUCGAGGAAUCCAACGGCUGUGAUAGAAGCUAUGGUGGACGCCGUCACCCUGACCACCCCCUCACAUCGCUACUUGGUCGGGUCGAGUUUUGAGGACUACGUCACUUGGAUGUGGUUAGGCUACUUCCCCACACGGUGGACUGGUUCUACCCUGCUGGCUGAAAAGGAAGGGGACCCCAAACCAGCCAUGCUGAAGAAAAAUUACUAGUCUGAUAUUCACAAUAUCGUAUGAUUAGUCACUUCUACUAUGUAGUCUGAGUAAAUUGUAAAUUGGUAACUAGCAACCAUCAGUAGGUAAGAGCAGCUACUGGGCACGCAAAUUUUUGUACCCCUCAAUAAGUUUGUGGAUGUUUGCUAAACACUGCAAAAGUAAGUCAGAAACCUGUUUAGCAUGUAGUUAUGUCACUGAUCAAUGUACCUUACCGGAACAUUCCGGAUGGAUGACAAUGAAAUCACUAUGCACAAAUAAACUUGAGCUUGACACCUAAUUCGAACUCUGCUUCAGAGUCUGUAGUUAUACAUGUUGCAUUCUGAACUAGAGUUCCACGACCCAAUACCUUCGUCAAAUAAUCCUAACCUUUCUUUCCAACUGCUGUAUUAAGUGUUUGUCACUAAUUAUGCAAAUAAGGUUCUCAUUUGCAUCAAAUAUAUCAG